UGAGCGCUGGCACUUGUGUGGCUGUUUUAACAACCCAGGAAAGUGUGUUUGGGCUAAACCGCAGCCUGUGAUGUCUGUUCCCGUUGAUGGCAGGUUUUCAACGCCAUUGUUGAAAUAGGAAAGGAGCAACUUUGCAGAAUUUACUUCCAAGCUUCAUUGAGAAAGAGGGAGCUUCUUAAAUGAGCGGAUGGUUGCCUGGAGUACCCGUUUGUUGCUCUAGUUUUUGCGUGGAUCCCCCCUUUAAUGCCACUGGGCCAGGUCACUCCAUUUCUGAUAACGGAGAUUGGAAUCACCUGGUCAUUUUGUAUGUUAAGGGCUGGAUUUAAUGGAGUCCAUUUGGCUGUUGGAGGAACGGAAAGGUGUGAAGCUGCCUGAGUGGGAAGUCGCUCGUUCUGGGAUGGUGCAAUGGAUUUACUGAAAGAACUGAAGAGCAUGCCUAUGACUUUGGACUUGCUGCAGUCCACCCGCAUUGGGAUGUCAGUAAAUGCACUGAGAAAGCAGAGCACAGAUGAAGAAGUGAUAUCGCUUGCCAAAUCCCUCAUCAAAUCUUGGAAAAAACUUCUAGAUGCUUCUGAGGAGAAAAGUGAGGAGAAGAAGAAAAGCCUGUCCUUGCCAACAUCUUCCUCGAAGGAGACUGGUAACUCAAGAGACCAAAGCUCCAACAAAAGGCAGGAGCCUCCGAAGACUCCGACCACCCCCAAAAUCACCACCUUCCCUCCAGCGCCCGUCACCUGCGAUGCUGUCCGCAAUAAAUGCAGAGAAAUGCUGACAACGGCUCUACAGGCUGAUGACGACUAUAUCGCCAUUGGCGCUGACUGUGAGCACAUAGCAGCCCAGAUUGAAGAAUGCAUCUACCAAGAUGUCAAGAACACCGACAUGAAAUACAAAAACCGAGUGAGGAGCCGCAUCUCGAACCUGAAGGACUCCAAAAACCCUGAGCUGAAGAAGAACGUGCUGUGUGGGGCGAUUACGCCCGAGCAGAUCGCGGUGAUGACCUCGGAGGAAAUGGCCAGUAACGAGCUGAAAGAGAUCAGGAAAGCCAUGACGAAAGAAGCAAUCCGGGAGCAUCAGAUGGCCAAGACGGGAGGGACGCAGACCGACCUCUUCACCUGUGGGAAAUGCAAGAAGAAGAACUGCACCUACACCCAGGUGCAGACCCGCAGCUCCGACGAGCCCAUGACCACCUUCGUCGUGUGCAACGAGUGUGGGAAUCGCUGGAAGGUAGCACACCAAGGAUAUUACUGGCACUGAGGGGUGUUAGGGUGGCUGCACCCACGAUGCUGCAGACGCUUAGCGGCUGCCCUCAGAGGUGCUUGCCAAACACUGACUGCCUCUAGCAAGUGAUCUUUCCUCCCAGCACAGAGGCAGGAGCUCCCAGGUUCAUCCCAUCUCUGCAGACCAGUUGGGGUCCAAGUCUCACUCUCGCAUUCCCUGCCUCCCUCCUCACAUCCCCUCUUCUGCCAUGUCCAGCUUCACGGUGCCUUCCAUGCUCCCUCUGCCCCCUGAGAGAUGGUGGUGAGGACGUUCAGGAUUUGAGAACUCCUCUCUUAUACCAGGCGCAGAGCUCGGGGGUGAGCAGAGAUCUCCCGGGGUAUGGCGAGCAGAAAGGGCACCGCUACCAAGUGCCAAAGAGCCACAGCCGAGAGAUUCAAACGGGAGCUCUGUCUGACCCCUCAUCCAGGGCUGAGCCCUGCCUCUGCCGAAUCCCCCAGCCCUUGCCAGCUUCACAAACAAGACCAUCACCUGGAUCCCUAUCUUCUAGGCAGCACGCGCAUGACCCGCCCGCUCCCCUUGGCAGCGAGGUUUUUCUAAUCGGGGUUUAAACUCCCUUC